AUGGCUGUACAAAUUAUAGAUUUACCACAAUUUAAGUUGCUGUGCGAUUGUAAACCAUGCAAAAGUUGGGACGAAAAAUCGGAGUUGAUGAUAACAUGUCACAGGAUCACAUGCGCGUGUGACGAAAAUGUGAAUCUUGUAUGUAAACGACAUGACGACCUGUCGUCUGUACGUUAUGUUUGUUAUAGAACCGAUGCGGGAAAUUGUGGUUUUAAUAUUAACGCUAAUGACAAGUUAUUUUCUGAAUACGUUUCAAUUCUAAACAACGCAAGUGAUUAUUUGUUUUGGUUAACACGUGACAAGUGUGGGUGUUUAGAAUCAACGGUGGCAUAUGUGGAACCCGUAACGGUAGGAACUGCACCUACGAAAAUGGAAAAUGAAUUGCAACUGUUUUAUAUAUGUGACCUUGGAUGUUGUAAUUAUAAAAAGUCAAUACCGCAAAUAAAGGCUUUACACGGUGAUGGCAUCCAUUGUAUAUGUGGCGGUGUGUGUAUUAAACAAAAUUAUGUAUAUAGUUGUCCGCGGCUUGAUGGCGGUUGUGGCACAUUUUUUCAUGAACUGGAUUCAAUGACGCUUAUACAAACUGUAAUGUGUAAUGACAAUCUUGAAGAUUACGCUUUUCUAUGUUUACCAAAGAAAGCGCGAAUGAUUUGUGGACAACGCGCUAUCCUAAAAUACCAAUGCAAAUCAUAUUACCUGUAUAUAAAAGCCGAACUUGUAUAUAAAUGUAGACGUAUGCAUUUCUGUGGUAAUACUUUAAAAGAUAUAUUAAUGCACGUUAUUACCAAUGGGGAAGUUUUAUUGUAA